CCCGUGUACCAGGUUCCCACAACGCAAAACACAUUUCGGAACCUGAAACCUCAGCCUCUGAAGGGGCUCAAUGAGGGUUUCAAAAGGAGAAGACGUAGCUCGCUACCCCAACCGAGCUAACGGGGAAGAGGGGCUGUUCCAGAGAGUUGCCAACGUUGCCAACAGAAACAAGGAAUCAAAAGGCUGAACCCUGCCAGAGAUCAGAAUUCGGUGAAGGCGAGAGGUGCGCCCGCCAGAGAGGAGGUCGAAAGAUACUGGGGGUUCUGGUUUCUUGUGAUCUCGCAAUCUUUGCUACAAAAAGGAGUUUUAAGAACUGAUGAACCAAAAGGAGAGUUUCCAAGAGUUGCUGUGCCUUGUGAUGAAAUCAUGUUCAGUUCUGCCUUCAAAGCUGAUCGCCUUCGUGCGAACUUGCAACUGGCUGUCAGUCGCCUAAAACUCCUGGAAAGAAAGAAAACCGAGCAGGCCCAGAAAGCAAGGAAAGAGAUUGCUGACUAUCUGGCUGCUGGGAAAGAUGAGCGAGCUCGGAUCCGAGUGGAGCACAUUAUCCGGGAAGACUACCUCGUGGAGGCCAUGGAGAUCCUGGAGCUGUACUGUGACCUGCUGCUGGCCCGGUUUGGCCUGAUCCAGACCACACAGGCACUGGACUCGGGUCUGGCUGAAUCUGUGUCUACACUCAUUUGGGCGGCUCCUCAACUCCAGUCAGAAGUGCCUGAAUUGAAAAUAGUAUCUAAUCAGCUGUGUGCAAAGUACAGCCAAGAAUAUGGGCGCCUGUGUCGAACCAGUGAGAUUGGAACUGUCAGCCCUCGGCUCAUGUGUAAAUUAAAUGUGGACACUCUACCCCAGGUUCUAGUGGAACAGUACCUGAUAGAAAUUGCUAAGAACUAUAAUGUGCCAUAUAAAUCCCAGGCAACAAUUAUGGCUGAAGCCCCAGCAGACCUGGUUAGUGUUGGAUUUACCGAUGAUGUCAAGAAAGGUGCCCACAACAAUGGAGGUGGAACUGUAGCCAGACCUGGUGAUGCACUUCAGGCAUUGCCAGUGUCUGCAUCGGGGCCCUUACCUGUGCCGUCCUCAGUUCCUGGUCCCUCAUUGCUUCCUCGUGAAAGACAGAAUGACUCCUAUAAGUACAAUUUGCCUCCUAUACUGGUUCCUGGUCCUGGACCCAACCCCAAAACUUCUCCAAAGCCAGCAUCAAGAACCAAGAUUGGUUUUGAUAACUUUAUGCCUGAUUUGCCUGAUGCAAAACCUCAAGCAAGCCUUUCCAUUGACCCUUAUGAUUCAGAGGAAGUUGAUUUCGAAGAUCUCGACCGGAGACUUGAAAUGCUGAAGAAAGCCAUAUAAUUCCUUAGUCCUAGAUUGAGUAUUUGCCUGGGAAUUAGGGCUCUUGCACACAAAUUUUAAUAUGGCCAUUGAUGUGUCAGUGUGAAGUUUUCUAAUUUAGAAUUCCUUCCAUCUCUUAAAUCAUAUGGUUCUGUUUGUAAUAAUGUAUAUGUUUCUCUGUUUGUGUGCAUAUACAUAUGAUCAUAUAGUUAUUCCCAUUUCUUAAAAUUCUAUAAUUCUUAGAUGAACAUUCUUGACCUACAGAGUUUUAUUAAUUAUAGUCAAUAAACUUUCAUUUUCUCUGAGAUUCUUAUUUCUCUCAGAAUUAUCACUUUUUCCAAGGAAGCAGAAUGGUGUGCAUGUAAAUCUCAUCCCUAUACUUACUAGUUAUAAAUAAGACUUUUGGCAAAUGGUACCUCCUAUCAGAUGUGCAUGAGAGAGCUAAGGAACUAGAGGAAUGCAUGUCUUCUUAAAAAUGAAUAUCUUAAGGAAUGUGCAAACACUAAAAGUGAAUAAGAGAAGUGCUUUCCGAAAAUCUGGAAUCUUGUAUGCCUGGAUUCAAAUGUAGACUCUGCCACUUACUACUUCUAAGCUUCCUUUUUUUCUCACCUGUAAAAUGGGGGAAAUAAUGAG